GCGUGUAUUACGUCGCCUGUUCAGAUCGAGAGAGGCUGCUGCUUGUCGACGAGCGCGUGGAUUUUACAUAUCUGUGAAUUAAACGGGAAAUACAAGUAACUGCUGCGUCGUUAACUCAAACCAAGAGUGUUUAUCUCGCUUUUUUUUAAUGUUUAUCCGAGCCAUGGCUGUAUUAGUGAUCAGAUAUGCAGCAGUCACUCCGCAAAAGUUUUGACUUUUAUUAAAUCUGUUGAAUUUCUGGAGCUCUCGCGAACGGAUCCUUGAAGACUCGACCAAGCCAUCAGGAAUUAAGGAAUCUCAUGUAAACUUUGUAAAUGAAGAUUAAAAACAUCUGCACGCGCUUCUUCUCUCCGCCGGCACAUGGGGUGACACAGAGGAGCUUCCUGGGCCGCUGAGACGUGACUUCGGGCUGGGCGUCUCAUUUCCUGUGCCUGGCCCAGACAAGCUCAAAAAAAAGCUGCCCUCUGAAUGACUACUUGCCGUCUGUUUGCGGGGUUUUGCCAAGCUGUCACCAUGAGCAAAUACUCCCAGUACUUCAACAAGACCCUCAUCCAGGUCCACUAUCUCACUGCUAAGGAGAUGACCGCAGAGGAACUAAGAGACCGCAUCGAGAGCAAACAAAGCUUGAGCUCCCUGAACAUUUUAUUUGUCGUAAUCUGCAGCAUCAUCAUCUUGGAAAACCUCCUAGUGCUCAUCGCUGUGUUUAGGAAUAAAAAGUUCCACUCAGCCAUGUUCUUCUUCAUUGGGAACCUGGCCUUCUCGGACCUACUAGCUGGCUCUGCAUACAUUGCCAACAUCUUCCUGUCUGGCCCUAGGACAUUUCAUUUGACUCCUGUCCAGUGGUUCAUACGAGAGGGGACUGCUUUCAUUGCUUUGUCCGCCUCCGUUUUCAGCCUGCUGGCUAUUGCUAUCGAGCGCUACAUCGCCAUCACCAAGGUCAAGGUUUACGGAUCCAACAAAACGUGCCGCAUGUUUCUUCUGAUCGGAGCAUGCUGGGUGAUGUCCAUUCUUCUAGGAGGUCUUCCUAUUAUAGGUUGGAACUGUAUUAAUAACCUGGAUGAUUGCUCAGCUGUUUUGCCCCUCAACACCCGAUACUACAUCCGGUUUGUUGUCACCAUCUUUAGCAUCAUCUUGCUGUCCAUCGUGAUCCUUUACGUUCGCAUCUAUCUCAUUGUGCGCACCAGCCACCAAGAGGCCACCAAUUCUCCAGCGUAUGCUCUCCUGAAGACGGUCACAAUUGUCCUUGGCGUCUUCAUCAUCUGUUGGCUGCCUGCCUUCACCAUCCUCCUCCUGGACACUUCCUGCAAGAUGAAGCAAUGCCCUAUCCUCAAUAACGCUGGCAUCUUCUUCAGCUUUGCCACACUGAAUUCGGCACUGAACCCGUUGAUCUACACCUUGCGGAGUAAGGACAUGAGGAAGGAGUUCUUGAGGGUCCUGUGUUGCUGGGGGCUGCUCAAUUGCGGCAGACCUCCUCACCGCUGCAUGGUACCACUCAAAAGCUCGAGUUCAAUGGAGCACUGCACCAACAAACAUGAACAUCAGUCCAUUCCCAUCAUGCAGGACUGCACUACCUGUGUUUGACUUCGUCUACACAGUGCCCAAGUGUUUGCAGAUCCCCCUCUCUUGGAGGCAAGGCACAUUCGACAGAAGUGUUCAGAGAUCUUGUGGGCCAAACAAGAAUCACAACUAAUGACUCUUACAUUUAGAGCAGAUGCCACAGCCGUGUUACCAGACUCCCACUUGUCCUUAGUCGCUUCUAUCGUUGCAAAGUUUCCUGAUCAUCACAGCAGACUUGUCCUGCAAGUGAACCCAUCAACAAAGCAAGUGAAAGAAAGCCAAAUUGAAAUGGGAAUAUGCAUUUUAGCUCUUUGACCAAACAUGAACAAUCAAAGUUGAAGAUAUUGCACUUUGUAGACUUGUAGGCGGUUUGGCAUUCUGUACUUCUCAAGUGCCGACCAACCUACUAGAAGUCCCAAACAAGAUGUAUCCUAUCCACUGUCAUGGUUCUGAAAUAUAAAUGGACAGACUGAAAUGUAAAGAUCGACAAUGCACUCCCAAGUGAGCCAAACCACCAUGUACGUUUGCAGAAGCUCUCCUAAUGUAUUUAUCGAAUUACUUGAUAUACGUAACACCCUUUGAUUACCAACAGUAAAAGUAUUCCACUUCAUUGUAUUGCAUGAAAUUCUAACCUGUGUAAAGACUUAUAUGUAUGCCAAGCCUAUCUACAGUUGUCAAUGUUACUCCUCUAUUUCCAUCUUGUCCAUGUAAAGUCACAGUCCCUUCCUAUUUUAUUCUUUCUGUUAACAUUCCUGUUUCUUCUUAAGAGGAGAACCCAGUCAGUACGUAAUUACUGAAAUCCUAAAAUGAAUU